AUGGGGAAACUAAACGAAGGCAAGGAACAGGAACGGGGGGACAACGAUGGAGCCGACAGCAGCAGCAGCAGCGAGUUCGUUUACGAACCUAGGAGCGUACGAAAGAAGAGGUUCAUGGAUAACCUGGUGAACAGUUUUUUAAGUGAAAAGAAGAAGAGGAAAGACCAGGUGGAGGAUGAUGAUGACGACGGAGAGGGUAGUGAAAAGAAUGAUUCAAGUGAAAAUUCCAGUGGAGCAGAAAAUGGGGACAACCAAAGCGAUAAAAAUAAGGGUAAAAAGGAUGGUAAGGAAAAGAAGAAGAAGUCUGUGAAGAAAGACGCAAAGAAUCAAAACCAAGUUCAGGUAAACAUGCAAAAGAGCCUCCUGGAGACAUUCUACAAAAUGAAACUGCAGGCACAAAACAAUGAAGUGGACGAGACAGAGGAAAUUCGAAAGAAGGAGGAGAAAAUACUAGCGCAAGUGUCCAAAGCGUUAAAUGCACCACUACAAUCUGUGAAAGAAAGAGCAAAAGGUAUCGUGUAUAAUGAGAACUUCAAAACGAUAUGGACGCUACCAAGCAAGUAUAAGAAGCUAAGUGAUAAAUACGUGAGUAAAGUGAGAAAUGUCUUCUAUAUCGACGUAAGUGGAAGUGAUAUUCCACCACCUAUUAAAAACUUUCGUGACAUGAAAUUUCCGAAGCCAAUUUUAAAAGCGUUAAAAAAGAAGAAAAUUGAUAAGCCUACGCAAAUACAAAUGCAGGGAUUACCAUCGAUCCUGCUAGGGAGAGAUAUCAUCGGAAUUGCAUUUACGGGUAGUGGGAAAACGAUCGUUUUUGUUCUCCCUUUGGUUAUGAUUUGCUUAGAAGGAGAACUGCGGUGUCCAAUUGAGGAAGGAGAAGGACCACUCGGUCUUAUCAUAUGUCCAUCCAGAGAACUAGCAACACAAACUCAUAAUGUAAUAAAGUAUUUUUGUGAGUUUCUACAUGAGGGUAACUACCCAAUGUUGAGGAGCUUAUGUAUGAUUGGAGGAGUAAGUACCUUUGAUCAGGGAAGAGAAAUACAAAAGGGGGUGCAUAUGGUUGUGGCUACCCCAGGUAGAUUAAAUGAUAUGUUAAAUAAAAAACGAAUGACCCUUGAGCAGUGUAGAUAUCUUUGCUUUGAUGAAGCAGAUAGGUUAAUUGACUUAGGGUUCGAAGAAGAAGUACGUAACACGUUAGACCAUUUUUCGAGACAAAGACAAACGUUGCUAUUUAGUGCAACCAUGCCGAAGAAGAUACAGGAGUUCGCUAAAUCUACUUUAGUAAAUCCGAUCAUUAUCAAUGUGGGAAGAGCUGGUGCAGCAAACUUGGACGUCAUACAAGAGGUGGAAUACGUAAAGGAAGAAUUGAAACUGUCCUACCUGUUAGAAGUGCUACAGAAAACUGGACCCCCCGUUUUAAUUUUCUGUGAAAAUAAGAAAGAUGUAGAUGAUGUGCAUGAGUAUUUGCUCCUCAAGGGGGUGAAUGCAGUUGCUAUUCAUGGAAAUUUAGGUCAGACGGAGAGACAAGAAGCGAUUAAUUUAUUUAGGGAGGGGAAGAAAGAUAUCCUAGUUGGAACAGAUGUCGCCUCGAAAGGGUUGGAUUUCCCAUCAAUUGAACAUGUUAUUAAUUAUGACAUGCCAAAGGAUAUAGAAAAUUAUGUGCAUCGAAUUGGUAGAACCGGUAGAUGUGGAAAAACUGGAAUCGCUACCACAUUUAUUAACAAGAACCAGGAAGAAGCCAUUUUGUUAGAUCUAAAAGCGCUAUUGAUUGAAGCGAAGCAGAAGAUUCCCCCGUUUUUAGAAAUGCUUGACAGCAAAGGGAUAAACUUAAAAGAAAUCGGAGGGGUUAAGGGCUGCUCCUACUGUGGUGGCCUCGGCCACAGAAUCACCCAGUGCUCCAAACUGGAGAGCCAGAGAAACAAGCAGAUAUCCUUCACCAACAAGGAUAUCCUAUCUAGCAGUAACAAGCACAACAAUAUGCACGCCUACACGGGGGAUUGGUAG